AUGGAGAUGACACAGUUCUCGAUAUCCCUCGCAAGGGCGUGGCAGAUUGUAGAGGUGGAAAAUAGCCAUGUUCGAGAUCUGGACAUCAUUUUCAAAGACAAUACUGAGGGGUACUGGGUUGGUCGCGUGAGGAGGAGUUUGGUGAACAAGAAUCCUGAAGAAUCUCCUCGUUGUGUUGAAAUUAUUCUGGUUCCGGUCCCUAUUUCCUCCAUAACGAUCCACCAGAGUACCCGCCAGCGCAGCGCAGAACUCGCAGAAUCCGGUCUUCCUCAAUUUCAACCUCAGAGCCCCGUCCGCCGUAUGAGAGCCAUUGAAUCUGCUCCACAGAAGACUGAGCCAAUCGUUGUGGACUAUUUCCAGACACUCAGUGCCUUCAAAGAAAAGAAUGGUGAAUGGGUCCAGUUUUUAGAUGAAACAUCACCCGGAAAGCAGCUCAAGAAGAUGAGCAAUGAAAUCCAGACCGUAUGGCAUCAGUACUUGAAAGAUGCGUGUAACACUAAAAUUAUAAGCCACGCUCGCUCUCCCACAUAA